AUGCAAAAAGAAGAGUGGUUCUUCUCGAGGCUUGGCGCGCUAGGUCGUUACGUAUUCAUACCGGUCGGCCCAAGUUGUCCAUGGUUGGCUUUCGGCGCCUUUGACAGAAGAUCUGUGGCGAAUGAUAGACGCGCAGACCCCAUUAACGAAAUAAAUUUAACCGUUAUGCGGUUAACAGUGGCGGAGUUAGGAAUUUGUCUGGAAGGAGACGCAAUGUUGGUCGCUGGAGUUCAUGUUAAGGAAGAUGUUUGUCUCUGGCAGCGGGGAGGGGGCAGUGUAUGUGGCGGGCAAUGUUGUGACGACAAAACUGAGUCAUUGUUGCGGAAGCAAGGUCAAAAGGAUUUUGCAGCGUUACUGAGGCACAAUUCAAAGUCAAUGCAAGCACAAUUGACAUCAACGGCAGUCAAAUUACAAAAUCGGCAGGUGUAUCAAUACAUCAAGAUAUCAAAGUCAGAGAGAAAGCAGGGGAGGAAAAAGAAGGUACAUAACAAAGAUGAGGAAUGCGCCAAUAGAAGAGAUGCCGUGUUACGUUUAGCACAUUGCCGGUCGCUGUCACCUAAGCGUGACUUAUUUUCAACGAUAAUGCUUCAUAUGGACAUGGCGAUGGCAACCAAUUUUGUUACUCUGGGUGAACUCUGGUCCAGCCACGUUGAAAUGGAGGAAGAAGAUGAAGCGAUAUUUUCCAGAAUCAAGGUCUUAAUAGAGAACCAUCUGCCAGACGGCUGGAGAGACUGGAAGGUGAUUGACUGGAAGAAAGAAGAUCUAUUUGGGAAAAAGAUAGACCACAAAGUAUUGAACAAAAUUCGCUUCGCCCUCCCCACAUUGGAACUGGUGAAAGCAUUCUACCCAGAAGCAACAUCGGUGGGAGAGAAAACCUACCGAAAUAUAAAAUUGAGGCUUCUCGACUGGAACCUCUGUAGAGCAUUGAUCAUGAGCCCACGGCAGGUAGCCUCAGACGACGAGUACCCGGUCAGAACCGAGAAACCAAUGAAGAGGAGGCGGCGAGUAUUGUCUUCGAGCUCGGAGGAGGAUGUCAAUGAGACAAGGCUACGCCGCGUGGAAAGCAUGGUCGAGAAUCUUUACCACUUGAUCUCAGGAAAUAAAGAGAACGAUGGCAGCGUCAUGAAUUCGACGUGGCAAGCUCCAACUCCUACAGGUGAAGAGCUGUAUGACGCCGACAGUAUUGGCACAUGUGGCAGCGUAAACGACUGGGACACGUUUUCCCCUGUCACUAGGGAAAUCGAGCCUACAGUCCCUAGGGCGGACCCAGUAAUCGAGACACAGGGCAUGAAAUGCCAGCGUUUCGGGGAAGAGACAUGGAACAAGAUUCGUUACGUGGACGCUCAGAAAAAACUCCACGAAUCACCAGUCUUCAGUACUCUGAAGGUUAACUCAUCCUUGUACAACAAUGGACAUGCAAGCCCAAUGACAGAUAUGUUAUCCAAAAGUGACCUGGCCUUCGGGACUAUCUCACACGGUCUACUGAAGCAACGGAGAAUCAUACAUGAGGCUCUGAAGGAGGCGGGGAACAAACACCCGGAAGCGGCAGACACUUUGAAAAAAGUUUUUGCUGCUAACAGUGAAUACAAGACCAUCUCGGACGACCUGCUGCAGUUCGUUUGCGGAAAAAGGGCGGAAAUCAUCGAAAGUCGCAGGAAACUAUACGAGCCUAAAAGUAGUUACUAUAGGUCCAUCGUCAAUGAGAUUCCUCCGUCAGGUACGCACUUGUGGGAUGAAGAGCAGCUGAAAGAUGUGGUUAAAAUGCAUGGAGUGACGAAAAUUGCUCCUGUCCGCUGGCAGAGUAAUUUGGGAAAAGUCGCACUGAGACAGAAGGUGCCUCAAGGAACUUCUCAUGAAAAGUAUCUGCAUCAAGGUUCAUUUAAAAAAAUGAAGAAGGCAGAGUUUAAGCAUUCGCGUAAGCCGGGGGCGAAAAGUCAUACCAAGCUAGCUCGCAGGACAACUCGCCAAAUAUGUCUCUGCUUGGAAAAGUAUGGGAGCCUCACAAUCGAUUCUCAGUAUCCUGAAAGGCUACGUGAUCCCUUUCUCAAUAAAGCCACCAAUAACAGUACUAUCCCAACCGAUACUAAACAAAUUCGAGACACCAGCAUCCACACAAAUGGAUCGAGAAAUACAAAACCUCAUAAAUCAAAAGGUGGUAGUAAAACUGCAAACAAAAACAGGUUUCUUAUCAAAGAUGUUUUUGACGCCGAAAUCGGGGGGCUUGUGGAGACCAGUGUUCAAUCUAAAAAGAUUGAACAGCUUCAUCACGCCCAAGAAGUUCCGCCUUAUGAACCAUCGCAAACUGCCAUUAUUUCUCCAGGAAAGAGAUUAUAUGGUAAAAGUCGACCUUUCUCAAGCAUAUUUCCAUUUGCCAAUAAAGCAAAAGCAUUGGCGUUAUCUGGGACUUUAUUACCGGCAAAACAUCUACGCUAUGACAGCACUACCAUUUGGCCUAAGCUCCGCUCCACAGGUGUUUGCAAAAGUUACGAACUGGGUGGCGAGCUACUUGAGGAAACAAAACAUUCGAGUAAUGGUCUAUUUGGACGAUUUUUUGAUCGCAAACCAGAAUCCAGAAGAACUAAAGCGAGAGGUAUCCACCCUGAUAGAUACUCUCAUAAAGCUGGGUUUCUGCAUCAACCUGGAGAAGUCCGAAAUAAGACCUACACAGAAAUUGGCAUAUCUAGGUAUUACGUGGAACACCAUAAGAAAUCAAAAGAGUUUACCGGAGGACAAAAUCCACCGUCUGCAAACAUCAAUCCAAGCUGGAAUCAAGAGCAAGACUUGGAGCUGGAAGCAGGUAAAGGCACUGCUAGGGAGAAUGGAAUUUGCCUCGUUUGUUAUCCCAUUGGGUCGACUACAUUGCAGAAAGAUACAAAGAGCAGUCAAUCGGAUGUCAGAAAACCAACCAAAGAAACUGUUCAAUAUAGACCUGGACGUAUUGCGAGAGCUAAGAUGGUGGGAGAAAAACUUAAAAGGGUCAUCCAUAAUCUGCAUGAAAGAACCGGAAGUUCAUAUAAUAACCGAUAUCUCAAACACGGGCUGGGGAGCCCAAGUAGGAGACACUUUGAGGAAAGGAAACUGGACAGAGCAGCAGGAAAAGUGGCAUAUCAACAAAAAAGAAAUGUUCGUGAUCUACUUAGCGCUAAGAAACCACCUAGAUCGAUUGGCAAACAAAACACUGUUAAUUCAGACGGACAACAGGACGGUGGUUUCCUACUUGAGAAAUCAAGGAGGAACCAAGUCGGUCACGCUUUUGGCAUUGACCAGGAAGAUCCUGGAGCUGGCACAUCAAUACAGUAUGUCUCUGAGAAUAGAACAUAUUCCAGGAAACUACAAUAUUGUGACCGACCACCUAUCCAGAGGAAAGGAUCUGCCAGACUGGCACUUAUCAAGGAUAGCUCAGAAGAGGAUCUUCGAAAAGUGGGGAACCCCUUACAUCGACCUAUUUGCGACUCCAGAAUCAGCCGUCGUUACAAGAUUUGUAACGCAAUUCCCAUGCAAGGAGGCAGAAUUCGUCAACGCAUUUACAAGAACGUGGGAGUACAAGCUAGCGUGGAUAUUCCCUCCUCCACCCCUAAUACCAAGAGUUCUCCAACACCUCAACUAUUGUCAGGGAGUUUUCAUAAUGAUAGUCCCCAGGUGGGAAAGGGUGUUCUGGCGGCCCCUGCUGAAGAGACGUGCCAUCGACCACCCGUUCACCAUUCGGAAUCUGAAGGCUCACCUGGAAGAUCUUCAAACCAACCAGCCUCCUCCAAAGGUAAUGGAUUUACACCUGGAGGCAUGGAAGAUACGGGGUGGUCCGAUAUAGCGAAUCACUGGUCAAAGGAUGAAAGGAGAAUCUUAGAAACAUCCUGGCGCAAGUCAACUCUCAAAACGUAUGCCGUUGCAUGGAAAAGUUGGCAAUCGUGGGCGAAGAAAAGAAGAGUUUCAGUUAAAAAUCCAAACCCCACGCAGGUGGCUCAAUACCUCUGCUUCCUACACAACACAAGAAAAUUGGCGCUUAGAACGAUCCUAUUACAUAAAUCCACCAUUGCGACAUUCUCCAAUCCACUACAUAGUGAAGGAGUUUCCAGUAGCCCAACAGUGAAACAGGUAAUUAGAGGUAUUGCAAAUGCAAAUCCUCCAGCAACUAGGCCAAAGAUUUGGAACAUCGAUAAACUUCUAUCUUGGAUUAAUGAUAACCAUCCAGAUACGAAUAGUAUCUUUCAAGUGGCCCGGCAUCUAUCGCUGCUUUUGCUGCUAUCAUCGGGAAGGAGAGUCCAUGACUUGACACUCCUUCGAAUAGAUUCUGGUUUCUUUGAACAAACCGAAGAAUACAUAAUUUUCUGGCCACAACAUGGAUCUAAGACAGACAAGCAUAACUACGUCCAGUCAGGCUGGAAACUCCUCAAAAAUCGAGAAUGCAUCUGGGAUCUAGUACACUGGACAACCAUAUAUCUAGAAAUAUCAGAAAAGAGAAGGAACCUCCACUGUCGACCGAUUCCUCAACUAUUCGUCACAACUCGUGGGAAGAUAGGACCGGCAUCUCGGUCAGUGAUAGCAGGAUGGGUCCGCACAGCGUUGAAAUCGGCAGGUAUAGAAGGAGGAGCCGGCAGUACCCGCUCGGCAGUGGCAACAUCCCGCUUCAAUGAUAACAUGCCAUUGGAUGAGGUUUUGCAGAAAGGAAAUUGGCAGGGAUCAAGCAAUUUCUUCAAACACUACUAUAAAAAUAUCGAUAAGGAUUUGGUACCUGACAACAGCAACAGAAGACUUAUUUCGGAUAAAUUUGUCCCUAUAUAA